UCCAGUCACAGUCCAGGGAGCCACUCUGGCCUGUAUGUGCACAUUGCUUAUAGCCUCCAGCUCUCCCGUCUGAACUAUGAGCUUAGCUGCCAUCAAUGAGGGACCACAAGACGAGGAGCCACCGGGGAACUUUCAUAGCCUUUCCACACCUUUUUCAAAGGUCACUGACCUCUGAGAAGGGGAUUGAUCCAGUUUGAUUUCUAUUUGCCAAUGACACUCGACUUUCAUGAGUCAGAUGGGCACUUUUAUCAAGUGAGGAGAUGGCCAAGGUCUACAGACUCUAUGUAGGAAUAGUAACAGCUCUGGCCCUAUGCAAACACUGCCUGGCAGAGGGGAAUGGCGCCGACGAGCCGGCCAAUCGCACCUCGUCCCACUGUCAUCGCCACGGCAACGGGCACAAUUGCACAGACACAACAGAUACGGGGCCGUGGAAUGGCCACUUCUCAAAAUGUCCUGAGGAACUAGCGCACUACUGCAUCCACGGGGAUUGUCGUUACAUUAAAGAACAGAAGUCACCGUCUUGCAGGUGUCAUCCUGGUUUCAUUGGCUCCAGGUGUGAAUACGUGGACUUGGACUGGCGGAUAGGAGAGAAACGACAAAUCAUCAUUGCCUGCAUCAUUGCGGGGCUUGUUUUCCUCAUUCUUCUCAUCGUAUUCAUCUGCAUCUGUUCACAUCGUAGGUACAGAUUGUGUCGGCGGAGGGGGAGGCGGAGGGAAGAACCGAGGAACGGGACGGAGAAGCUCAGCAUGAUGGAUACCGGAGCAACACACACAACCUUAAUGCCAGACUCAACAGAGCCAACUCGCACUAAUACUGUAUGAGGAGUGUGUAAGCGUAUGUGUCGGUCCACAACUCCGGGAAUUUAGAUAUGAGGGGUUUUGUCCUUCAAUGUGACAGCUGCUGCCUUUUGUCUCACAGUGACGGCAGUGUGCUAUAGGAGGUGCCUCUGUGCUGGUCGGGACUGAGGCCUGCUCAAAGGGGGGGGCAUCUGUGGAUAAAGUCUGUCUUUGGCUGUGAUGAAUCAAACAGGACCACAGGAGUUUGUGUUCCCCUCACUUAAAGAGCAGCCUUGACGGAAACUUUGAAACAAAGAAGAUGCCUUCCUGGAUGUAUGAUAAUCACAAGUUGGAGAUGAGUGUUGGGCUGGUUGUGUGCCGGCGAGAGCGCUUUUUUUCCAAUACUGUGGCGCUGCAGGCACUUGUAGCCUCUCACAAAGUGCUGCCGACUGCACAGCUUCAAGUAAAUUGUUGCUAUGUUGGAAAAAGCUGUGACACGAGCCGGCAGCCAGUGAUAAUAGUAGAUCAAGUUAUUGGUCUGCGAGGUAGACACUGAUAAAACAGAGGAAAGGGACUGUGUGUACAUACUACACUCCGUGUUCUCUUUGGGGAUCUAUUGUCAAGUAAAUAAAUCAUUGAAUGUAUAUAGAUACAAGAACCAGCUGCUACAGUAUACUGUAGUUUUGUGUCAUAGUGUUUCUGCUUUGUUUACUGCAACUUUUGCUUUAGUGUCAAUUCACAAAUGCACAGUAUUGAUAUUUCGAAAUCUUAAUCACAAAAUCAACAGUUAUGAUCACCUAUUCCUCUGUGCACGGCAAUGUCUCCAUGUACACUCACGCAGAAUAUUGUUACUUGUCAACAUUAGCAAUGCAAGAAGAGCCUCCUACAUUACUAAAGGAUUGCCGCUCUGGACUCCCGGGUUGGAUGAGGACAAGGAGAACUUGUGCUGGAGCCUUUUUUGAUCUGUAUAUUUGGAGCCAGGCAGCCUCCGAGCUACAGAAGCAGAACAGCCGAGUCUGUGUGUGGAGGCUCAACUGAGGUGAAAGUGCUCCACUGUGUGAGACAGUUUCCAAACUGCCAGCCUUUCACUGGUCAAGUGUAUCUGUAUGUGUAUUAAGUCUGCAUCUAAAUGUAGAAUUAGGAGAGUGAAGUCUGCUAUGGCUGUUUGUAAUAAUAAAUAUGUCUUCUGUAAA